AUUAAAGCGAAUUCGCUGCAAGUUUUGAUUGGUUUUCUUGUUCCGUCGUUUUGACAUAAAAAUUUUGCAGAAGAAUCGCCUUUACAUUUGCAUGUGGUUUUAGUUUAAGUAAAUAGUGGAAUUCAAAAAURCGUUUUGAAAAAUGAAUCUCGUUUGGGCAAAAUGAUGAAAUUUUGAAAAUUAUUCUCCUUCUGCAACUAAAAUAAAUAAUUGAAAACUAAAAGAAAAUUUCGUUUUCAGCUUAUAUAUGUAUGUAUGUAAGUGUGUUUUACUCGCGGAUCUUCAAAGCCGCCCCGAAGACGUCUAAAAUAUAUAAUCUGUUUGAAAUGAAGUUUAUUGAAAAUAUAGUAUGAUUGAUCAAAUAAAUUAAGCUUCAGCAGGUAAAAAACUUGGCGUGGAACGAAAAAAUUUAUAUAAGAAUCAAUAUUUUCUGUGAUUUUCCUGCGUUAAACCACAACUGGAAGAAAAAUGUUUCCUUCUCCGUUGCAUUAUUCGACUAUGCGACCGCAAGCACCUGGUGCAGGUCAGCAACAGUAUGACCAUAAUGCUGAAGAGCUUAGUAAAGCGGAAUGGUACUGGGGUGGAAUUUCCCGAGAGGAAGUGAAAAAUAUUUUAUCUGGGGAGCCGGAUGGCAGUUUUCUGGUGCGUGAUGCCUUAAACAAAAAUGGRGAAUAUACUCUAACUUUAAUAAAAGAUGGAACAGAGAAGUUAAUAAAAAUUUGUCAUUUAAAUGGAAAGUAUGGUUUCACAGACUGCAAGUUUAAUUCAGUGGUGGAGUUGAUCAACUACUAUAGAGUAAAUUCCUUAAAGCUUUACAACAAAAUGCUUGACAUUACGUUGAGCAAUCCAAUUGUGAAACCAGCAGAGGAAGACGAUCAUAGCGAUUUGCGAUUUCUUGCCGAUAAAUUUCUUGGUUUGCACCAUACACUAAAUAAGCAGCAACACCUAUUAGAUCAAAAAAUGAAAGUAUUUAAGAACGUGGAAGCUGAAUUAAAUGAGAAGAAGCAGGACCAAGAAGUUUUUUUGAAGGCCGAAAAAAUGUUUAAAAAUCAAAUAAAAUUGUUAGAAUCAUAUAUAUGUACGGCAAUACAGCCGCAGGUCGGCACAGCUGGGAUAAUAACGAACGCAAACGGUGGUGCAAGUGGAGGAAAUAACAACUAUGCAGCUCGUCAACAGGAUCAAGAAAAAUUACAGGCAAAUGCCACAUUACUAAAAAUUAAGCUUCAAUCAUUAUGUGCAGAAAUGGGAAAAUUAAACCGGUAUGUAGAAGACAAGAAGGAGGAAUAUAAAAGGCUGGAGCGUCAAAUCAACGCCGCGAAACCUGAGCUGCAGGAGCUAAGUCUAGAAAAAGAAAGGACUACAGAGCGCCUAAUGGAAGCUGGUAUUAAGGAGGAGGAUAUUGUCUUACUCGCAGAAAUGGGUUUCGAUGCCUGGCAAAGAAGAUACGAAAGUCGAACGAAUUUACCGCAUAAUAAUGAUUCAUUAUGGUUCCUUCGCGACUGUUUGCGCCAAGAGGCCGAAGAGUUGUUGAAGGGUGCCCCUACUGGCACAUUCCUAAUAAGGGCGCGUUCCGCUGGACAUUAUGCUCUUUCCAUUGUUUGUAAGAACGUCGUUAACCAUUGUAUUAUCUAUGAAACGGAAAGUGGAUUUGGCUUUGCAGCUCCUUAUAAUAUAUAUGAUUCUCUAAAAAAAUUGGUGGAACACUAUGCAAGCAAUUCACUCGAAGAGCAUAAUGACACACUGACCACCACGCUGCGUAUACCUGUCAAAUAUUGGCAUGCCAAUAAGGAUUCGCUUAUGAAGCAAUUGGAAGAGGAACUGGAAUUGGAACAGCUCCAAAUUGAAGAACAACAACAGCAACAACAAAUAGCGCAGGUCCAGCAACAACCAUUGCAUCAGCUGUCAACAUCCGCAAUUCCAAUACCCUCUAAUGACACAUUGGAUGUACCAACACCACCCUCUUCCUUAAACUCUCUGUCAUCGUCUUAUCCUGGGGGGAGUGGCAGUGCUAAUCCAAAUUUGCCACAACCAUAGUAAACAAUUUUAAUGAAUUGCAACAGUGUUGAAGGUUAUUUUUCCAAGGCCUUGUUUUAAGUAUAUGUGAUUAUGGACAUGGCGCUUAAAUUCGUAGUCAAAGACCGCACUAAAUUUAAUUACGAGAUAAAAUUAUGAUUAAAGUGGAUACAAAAAACUCAAAUAAUGUAGCUUUCGGGUAUACCAUUUGUGAUGUAAUGGUGUUGCAAUUUUUUUAUAUAUWUUUUUUAAAUACAGCAAGAUGACAACGAAGUUAGGAUUAAUUUUCGUAAUGAGUAACAUUUGGGAAGCAAUGUUAUUAUGCAUGACGAUUUUUUUUUUCGAAAUUUAAUAUUAAUAAUAAUUUCUGUAAAACAAUAUAGUGUUCCUAGUGUGGAAAGCACAAUUGAAAUCCACAACAAAUUCGAUCGACAGUAGAGAACCAAUGAGUUUUGUCAUGUUAAAUUUUGAACUAUACUUUUGUAACUGUUGUCAUGAUAUCGGUAAAAAUAUACAAAUUAUUGUGAAACAUAUAGUUUUGAGAAACAAUAUCAAAGAAAUAAUGUCAAUGUUGUUUUAUAUUUAUACUAUUUAUAUUUAUAUGAAGAUAUUUAGAGUAAAAUCGAAAUGUUCAAUGUAAUAAUGGAAUGCAAAUGUUAUUACGCAAUACGCAUUUCUUUCGUGAUAUGUUCAGCUGUUAAAUUUAUACAAGAAGAAAAACGAUUAUCAACUUAUGGUAUAAAUUUGUAUUGUACUAUUUUUGGUUGACAUUUUGUUGAAACACAAUUAUAUCAGUUAUAAAUAAAUAAUUGUUUACUAAAAAAUCUGUAAAUAAAAAUCAAUAACCAAUCUGUAAAUUUGUACAUAAAAAUAUUGUCAAAUCAGGUGUAAACUAGAUGAAAUGUUCUGCAAUAAGAAAUCACAGAAAUUAAUUGGGAAAAUCGAGAGCUCCUACGAAAAUUUGUUGGUAUUAAUUACAAUAUCGAAUGUGAAAUUCUAGAGCUUCGAGUCUCUAAUUAUUAGAUUGAUUUUCUUGUGAUUUCAAAAACAGAAACAUUCUUCUAUUACAGUACUCUCAGAACGUUGAAUAUUUUAUGAAUGCAAUACUAAAUUACCACAAAUCAAAUAAUAAAUACAUGUAUGUCUUUGAAUAUUUCACUAAAAAAAAGAACUUGAAACUUUAUGUAUAUAUACAUACGUACUACAUCUUUAGAGUAAUUCGUAUGGCAUUGUAAUUCCUUGCGAGGAAGAGAGGCCCAGCAAAUCCCAAUAGAGAUUGAAACAAUUGCCAUUGAUAUCUUCCCAUUUUCGACUCCAGGUUCGUUUGGAGUGAAAGUGCAUCACGCGAUCAUUGGCUAUGAAGGUUGUUAAUCAGUAGAUGUAGUUAUUAAGUUAAUUUUCUCUUUAGUGUCGCUAAAUGAACUAAUUUAAAUGCCAUAUUACAAAAACGUCUAUUAACAAUGGCGGGAAUUUCGAACCAGAGAAAGUUCAGAAACGAAUAUGAAAUCGAAUUACAUAUAUAUGUAGAUAUAAGAUAACUUCAAAAAUAAAUCAAUAUCUCUCUUGUUAA